AUGGGGGAGAGACAUCUUUCAAUUGCAGAUGAACAGGCGAAGCAUCAGGUCCGCUUGCCUAAGAAGCUGAUCGUGUGCUGCGAUGGUACUUGGAUGGACAGGGACAAUGGCUGGUCCAAGGGCAAGUUCGGCCGACCUGGAAAGCCGCAGUCCCCUUCCAACGUAACAAGGAUCGCCCGCGCCAUCUUGCCCGAAGACGAGUCCAAGCAUCCGCAGAUCGUCUACUACCAAGCUGGUAUUGGCACAGGCCUUGGGCUGUACGAUCAAUUACUAGGUGGAGGCACUGGUAUGGGCCUUUCAGAGAACAUCCGCGAAGCCUAUGCUUUCCUGGCCAGCAACUACUCGCCCAGGGACGAGAUCAGCGAACCUGAUUCAAUCUUCCUUAUGGGGUUCUCCAGAGGGGCAUUCACAGCACGGAGUCUGGGCGGCUUUAUCGCCGCUGUAGGCAUUCUCACCAGAAAAGCCAUGCCCUAUUUCUAUGACUGCUUCAAAGAUUGGGAGAACGCUGGCGUCGAUGGCUAUGAGCCACAGUUUUUCCAAGUAUACGCUCAAGCUACUGGAGAGACAGACGUGCUGAAGAACCUCCCUAAACUCAAGCCACCGCAAUCACCCGAAGAAAAUCAGAUCGACACCUAUAUGGCAGCCUACCUUAAGCAUCUUCUAUCCCUAGGCCUGACUCAGGAAGUUCAGAUCAAAUGCAUUGGCGUGUGGGACACCGUGGGCGCUCUUGGAAUCCCAAUUAACCCGCUCUUCCAGCGUGUAUUGGCAAUGCCGGCGUUUGUGAAGGAGUAUCGCUGGUAUGAUACAAGACUCAGCGACAAAAUCGAUAAUGCUUUCCACGCUCUGGCUCUUGACGAACAUCGCUUCCCAUUCUCACCGGCCGUGUGGGAACUCGACAAUGGCGGCAAGACUAAUGUCAAACAGGUCUGGUUCCCAGGCGCCCAUUCGAACUGCGGAGGGUCAUAUGAAGACUACGGUAUGGCCAACAUAACUUUGGCAUGGAUGAUGGACCAGCUCUCCGGCAACAGUCGUCCCGCAGCAAAGGACUUCGAUCCCGUCGACUGGAUCCGAUUCGACGACGACUUCAUCGAUCAAUGCUUCAAGCACACCAGCAAGUACUACGCCAAGAACGGAGCAGAAGGAGAGGACUACUCCGGCUGGGCCAUGGGCAAAGUCUAUGAUUCUAACACAUUCCCACAAUCCCUCACCGGCGCAGCAACCCGAACGCCCGGCCGCUACCCGCGAACCGACUACGAAACCGGCCGGUACUCCACCACGCAAAUGCUCCAAAACACGCACGAAUCCAUCCACUCCUCGGUCCGCGCACGCAUGGACCUCGCAGGCCGGGAAGUCGAACCGCAAGAAUGGUACCAGAAAUUCUCCCGCUGGCUCUACCGCACCCUCACCCUCCAAAAACUCAUCAAACCCUACCACCCACAACGCCGCAAAGGCCUCCUCCCGGCGACCGGCGGCCCGCUCGAAGGAUGGAAGCUCGUCGACGGCCACGCCUCACACGCCGAACCGAAUCACGAGAUCGACAUGAGUCCCGGGGGUGUCAAACAGGUCCACUGGGAGUAUUCCGGCAAAGGGCGCGUGUCGACGAAGGUCAUGAAGGAGGAUGUCUUUGCGGAGAGGGGCUAUGAGCAGCGGUUGCUGGAGCAUGAUCAGGCGAUUGCGGAGCAGGUGAUGUAUUCGAAUAAUCGGUGGAGUUGGUUUAAGAGGCCGAAGAGGCAGAGUGGGGUUGUCAAGACUUUUUAG